AUGACCAAAAAAUUGAGAGCGAAGAAGCAGAAGACUGCUUCAAACGGCACACCGCCAGCUGCCGAUGAGGCAGUGAAGACAUCAUCAGAGGAGGACACUCAGUUCACGGAAAAGUUGUCGAUCCUGUUGUUUAUCCAACCUUACAAAAGCAGCAAUGUUUUCUAUGUGCGUGAGGGCUACGAGGAAUACUAUCAGCUUAUGAAAAAAAUGCUUUUGACCAAGACGGAUAAGUGCGUGACCGUGACGGGGACAUCAGGCAUUGGCAAGUAG